CAUUGACAGGAUGAUAUCUAUUUAAGCACAUUCCUACUUUACCCAUGUCGAAUUUAGUUGACUAUAAGGCUUUGCUGUUGGAAGCUGAAGAGAAAAUAAGAAAAGCUGACGAGGAAAGAAAGAAAGCUGACGAGGAAAGAAAGAAAGCUGACAAGGAAAGAAAGAAAGCUGACGAAGAAAGGAAGAAAGCCGAGGAGGAAACGAGGCAGGAGAAACUACUGAGAGAGCAGGCAGAAACACGAAAUCGUCAGACUACCUUCGAAGAGUUCACUCAACACUGUCAUAAUCUUCUUUCGAAGCCUUUGAAAGCCGGAAAUCCCGCUCAGUCUACCACUGGCAAGAUUCCGGCCCCUACCGGCAAGUACUGCCCUCUACGAUUGGAACCUUGGACGGAGUGUGCUGUUAAGCAACAAGAAAUCUACAACCUGGUCUGCCAUUACUUAAAGCCAUUGGGUAAAGAUGCACCACGUCUGUUUGCACCGGUCAUUGAGCUGGAGGGGCUGGGACACCGUUUCGCACGUCGGCCCUUGAGCAGCGAGAAGGACCUUGAGAGCUACGAACGUUUCGCUGUUGAAGAUCACGUCCAUGAUAUCAUCUCAGCACUAUGCAAAAUACCGAGUGCUCGCGAUGAAUUCGGCUUAGGGGAUGGGGUGUGGUUCGACAACCACGCCAAUACUCUUGACGAAAGUCCGCCAGACGAAGCAAAUUCGGAGGAACGUCCUGCGCGUCCCGACCAAUUCUGUAUCCACCGUGUUGAUGGAGAUACCAGGGCCUUGUUAACUACUGUGGAGUAUAAACCGCCGCAUAAACUGUCUAACGAGAACCUUAGGGCGGGACUCCGACCGAUGGACUUUUACCACGAGAUUGUCGAACCAGAAACAGUCCCUACCGACGGACCGGAGAAACUAAGAUAUAACGCCGCUCGCCUUGCCGGCUCAGCGAUCGUUCAGGAAUACCAUCUGAUGAUUCAGGAAGGUCUCGAAUAUUCAUACUUGACUACUGGGCUUGGGAUUGUGCUUCUACGAGUGCCCGACAACUGCUCGACUCUUUACUACUAUUUGUGCGAGCCGAAUCUCGACGUCGAGAAUGGUGCUGAGGGUCCUCGGACAGCCAUCGAAAGGGUGCUUUGUCUCUGCCUAAUGAGCUUCCGUUCGACCUGUCGGGACCAAACCUGGCGGAAUGCUGCGCGGGCGCAGCUACCAACCUGGGAGACCAGCUUCAGCCAUGCACGAUCACAGAUUCCACCGGGCGAGUUGCGGCAGAAGCCUCCAGGAGCCGAUUAUACCAGCCCGGAAUGUACUAGCUCGGAAAUGACGUCGUCUGAAUACCAGCCAUCAUCCCCUUUCGAAUCGCCUGCUUCCCUCGGUCGCCGCCCAUCCACUCGUUCCACUCGCUGUGCCCCUGCCGGUGUCAGUCGUCGAGAGGAUUCUUCGGAGCCUGACGAUGAUUCAACACCUGCUGCGCAACGAAAGCGCGGUUUCAGUCAGAUCGCGUCCUCGCCGCCCGCACCACCGCGCCCCACGCCGACCACCCCAAAGAAUCCCCCUCAACGCCAUGCCGGUCAAUCUCGCUCACACACUCAUGAGUUCUGUACGCAAAAAUGUCUGUUGGGUUUGCAGCGUGGCGAUGUCUUGGACCCACAUUGCCCGAAUGUGAAGCUUCAUCGAGCUGCCCUGGAGACCGACCGUCACCCAAUCCGAGCCGCCGAAUUAGUCUCCUUGGUCAAGCAACAGUUGGACGAGAACCUGGACGAAUACUGUACUCCAUUCGGCCAAUGUGGAUCAUACGGCGCACCGUUCAAAGUCACAUGUGCUGCAUACGGCUACACAGUGGUGGGAAAGGGUACAACUUCACGGCUAUGGCAUGAGGUAUCGCAGGAAGCAGAGGUCUACCGUAUUUUACAGAGCAUCCAAGGCUCUGCAGUACCCGUGUUUUUGGGGCUCAUAAAUUUGGCUAAGAUUUACUUCCUCCACGGCGCAGGUGAGAUUCGCCACAUGCUACUAAUGAGUUGGGGGGGCAAGAGUCUCCGUCACGAGGAAAUCGAUACCAACAUGCAGCGGCAUAUUUUACGAUCGGAAAGGAGUAUUCUAUCAUUGGGUGUCGUGCAUGACGACCUUCGCCCAGAGAAUAUUUUGUGGAACAAAGAACUACAACAAGCAUUGAUUAUCGAUUUCCACCGGUGUCACUUGAAUCAUCAACGGCUACAUUCAAAGCCAACCCCAAGUAGAAAGCGACGCUUGAAGAGAAUGCAUGGAGGCAGGGAUGAGCUAAGAACCAAACGCAUGUGUGUUACUUAGCAGCAUGCGUUAGUCAAGACCCUCUGGAAUCUCCAUUACAGUGAAGCUCUGACGAUGCGAAAGGUUUGGUCGUACAAGGCUCACUUGCCCACCGUGAUUCUGGUCUGAGAGCGCGACGAUCGAGCAAUCCCAACACCACUACUAAAUGGGCAUUUUAGAAUACAGUAACGGGACGGACAAGCAGCAGCUAGCAA